AUGUGGAACAGCAACCAGAGCUCACUAGAUGAUUUUAUCUUACUGGGCUUUUCUGAUCGCCCCUGGCUAGAGACCCCACUCUUUGUGAUCUUUAUGGUGGCCUAUAUCUUUGCUCUAUUUGGAAAUAUCUCCAUUAUCCUCGUUUCCCGUCUGGAUCCUCAGCUUGACAGUCCCAUGUACUUUUUUGUCUCAAACCUAUCCCUUCUGGAUCUCUGCUAUACUACCAGCACCGUCCCACAGAUGCUAGUCAACCUUAGAGGACCCAAAAAGACAAUUAGCUAUGGAGGUUGUGUUGCUCAACUCUAUAUUUUUUUAGCCUUGGGUUCCACGGAAUGUAUACUUCUGGCCAUCAUGGCCUUUGACCGUUACGCAGCCAUUUGCAAGCCUCUUCACUACCCAAUCAUCAUGAAUCAGAGACGCAGCAUCCACAUGGCUGCUGGAACCUGGAUUAGUGGUUUUGCUAACUCCCUUGUCCAGUCCACUCUCACAGUGGUGGCUCCAAGAUGUGGACACAGGGUGGUGGACCAUUUCUUCUGUGAAGUUCCUGCCCUUUUGAAACUAGCCUGUACUGAUACUCGUGUGAAUGAAGCUGAGCUCAAUGUAUUAGGGGCUUUGCUUCUCUUGGUGCCACUCAGCCUCAUCAUGGGCACCUAUGUGUUCAUCGCUCAAGCAGUAAUGAAAAUCCGCUCUGCUGAAAGUCGCUGGAAAGCCUUUAACACAUGUGCCUCACAUUUGCUUGUGGUUGGCCUCUUCUACUUUACAGCCAUCAGUAUGUAUGUUCAGCCUCCCUCUAGCUAUUCUCAUGACAGGGGGAAGAUCAUGGCUCUCUUCUAUGGCAUUGUCACACCUACCCUCAACCCAUUUAUCUAUACAUUGAGGAACAAGGAUGUGAAAGCUGCCCUGAGAAGGACGCUGACUAAGGAGUUUUGGAUCAAGGCAAGAUGA